CCAAGCCAUGGAGUGCUUUGAAGGUAAUGAUGAGGAUCUUGUAAUUUAUUCUUUGUUUGACUGGAAUGAUUGCUGCUAACCCUCCCAAUCAAAAUGGAUUGGAUAUAUAUUGCUGUCAAUGGUACUGAAACAUGAUAAAUAAAGGAAAGUUAGUUUAAAAUUCUGCUUUUUUUUGGUCUAAGUCGGGCUUUGACCUGCCUGAAUAUUGAUUCUGGAGCAGUUCAGUCUUUGUGCAAACGUGGCUAUGGGGGAUCCAGAUGUGAACGAUGUGCAUUUGGUUUCUAUGGUGACCCGGCGUCGCACGGCGGCACCUGUAAGCCAUGUGAGUGCGACGCGGACGGCGAUGAGAACAUUUGUCAUUCCCUGACCGGAGAGUGUAUUUCAAGUCUCAACAUCACUUAUGCGGAAGACUGCCUUGCCUUGAAGUGCUGCUCUGAAGCUUUGCUUCUACGCCUGAGGGACGACGAGGGCGACCUGCGUGGGCUGAUUCCCAUCUCUGCUUCUGUUUCAACACUGAUCCAACCCCAGGGGAUCGUCUCUGAUGCCGAGAGAAUAGUGAAGAGUUACAGGAGUGCUAAGAGGCAACGGGAGCUCAAGGCUGAGAGCCUGGAAGAAGAGGUGAAUUUGAUCCAAGAUGACCUGGACAAGCUAACAUAUGAGGCCCUUGAAAUGUCCUCCCAUGUGGAUGAGGCCCUUGAGAAGCAGAAAGGACGAAAAACAAAGGCCAAGGUUUUUCUCGACCAUGCGGAGUCAGUCCUGGCAUCAUUACGAGAGUUAAUAAAGCGCCCGAACAAGCUUGCAGAUGCCAUCAGGCAAGGCGGAAGAGACAAGACGGCCGUGAUAGAGGAGGCUCGUCGACUCGUAGAGGAAAUGAGCCAGAGGGGCUGUGUAAAGGCGAUGACCUGGGGCAGGAUCCACGUCCAGAGGAAGAUGGCAAAAAAAUUGCUGGACACCAUAACCAAGAUGGCUGCAGCAAGCCUGAAUUCAGAGACUCUUAACCAGACUGCAGAUUCUUCGAUGGUGCUUCUUGGGCACAUGAGUGAUCUUCUUUUAGAAGCAAACGCCGCAUCUAAAAGAGCGAGACACGUUAAUCUGAAGAGUGUUUCUAGCCUGGAACAACUGCAGCAUGUUCUCAAUCAGACCAUAGAAGAGACACAUUCCUUCCAUACAUUGACUGAAAGCGCAAGGCACCACUUAACGAAGCUUGCCGCCAUGUUCUUAACAUUGGAGGACACCAAACAUGGCAUUGAGAAAGACGCGGCUCGCUUACACGGCGCCAAGCAGCAACUGCGAAAGAAGAUUGAUAACAUCUUCCAUGUUGUGGCCAAGAUGGAGAUUAUUGGUGAGGCUGAGGAGCACGCACGGGAGCUCAGCAGAUUGGCCUCAGGCAUGCAAAAUUUAAAAAAACGUCAUGACAGAAUGCUUCCCACGACCAACAACACAAACCAAUCGAGCAAGCCCAAACUAUUAAACAUUAUAACAAACAUGGAGGACGCUGCAAUGGCUGCGCAUUGGUCCAAAAUGAUUGCCGAUGAAGGCUUACAGGACGUGGUUUCGGGCGGUCUGCUAUUGACAGCUGAGUCUCUGAGACACAAUUCCACUCACUUGUCGACUGCGGCCAUGCACUCCCAAAAUGACUUCAGAGAGCUCUCACAGUCACUGAACACACACAAAGAUGGUGUGAAAAGGUGGAAAGACAAAGGAGAAUCACUUCGAUUUGACACCUCCAGAGUGACCAAUGAACUGAAAAAACUCAGAAGAGAUGACCCGAAUGUCCUUAUCGAGUCUGCCAAAAGUGCAUCCUCGGCUACAAAUGACACUGUCACUCAUGUCACACGCAGACUGGGGAAGAUGAGAGAGGAAAUGAACAGAUUGACUUUGAACAAUACCGCUCUAGCUUUAAAUGACAGUUUAAAUGAUGCACAACACGCCGUGAGGACUUUGCACACAGCGUUCCCAAUGAUAAAAGACGAGCUUUCCCAAGUUGAGGCACUGGGAAAAACGUCACCAGCAAGUGGCAACAUGACAGAAAAUAUCUUCAGAAUUAAAGAUCUGGUUCAGGAGACAAGGAGCUAUCUUAACAAGAUCUCACUCGCUAUGCAUUUCGACGGCAAACGUCACAUUGAACUUCGUCCGCCGAGCGACGGUGACGACGUAAAAGCCUUCACGGCUGUUGAUCUCCUUCUCAGUGUGGAAAAAAAGCCGGUGGCGCGCCAAAGAAAGCGUCGGGACAAACGGCGAGAUUAUGACAUGUUUGUUUUGUACUUGGGCGCUCAGAAUUCAUCAGGCGAUUACCUAGGGAUGGCCAUCCGGCAUGGCGUGUUGAUUUGUUUCUACAAGCUUGGUGGCCACGUCCACGAGGUGGCGACGAGUCCUAUAACAACGUUCACUAGCCCCCAUGCCUCCAGUAUGGACCGUGUUGUUUUCCGCAGAAUUUACCAGGAUGCCGAGGUCAACAUUACAGCAAACUUCACAUCAGAGUGGCCGAUGCCAUAUGCGCCCAGACGUCACCUUCCGCAUACCAUGGCCAGAAUACUUGACCUGAAACCACAACAAACAGUUUUCUACGUGGGCGGCUAUCCUCAACAUUUCAAUCCACCCAAAGAGCUGCGCUACCCUGGUUACCGAGGCUAUGUGAAACUGUCCUACAUCAAUGAUGAGCCAUUUUGCCUUUACAACUACAAGAGCGCCGUCAACAUGAAGACCAGUGUACACUCCCUAAUGUUACCUCCAUCCAAGGUCUUCGACUACUACCAGGGAAGUGGCUACCGUGAAGCCUUGGUGAAGAACCCGCACAAAAGGACACACAUCUAUAAAUUUCACACAAACAGCAGAGCUACUGACGCCUUGUUGUUUUGCAUGGGCACGAAAGAAGCGUUCUGGUGCUUGCUGGUGAAACAAGGCCACCUGGUACUUCAAGGUCAACACAUGGGAAUAAAGCAGAGGAUUCAGAGUGCUGACAAAGUGUCUCUAUUUGACAAACACUUUUCCAUUGCGGUGGAAGACACGAUCACGGUCCACUACGAAGACAAGCACAUCUCCAUCGAACACUCUCCCAUUCCAUACAAGAGAUUUUAUAUUGGGGGUGUGCCUCAACACAUCAGCACCAGAUACAACAUCAGCGCUCCGCCGCUGAGAGGCUGCGUGGAUCAUGUGAGUGCUGAUGCCCAGAUUGUGGAAUACAAAAAGACAAUGGGAGUCAGUGAUGGUUGUCCCUUUGCAAUGCUGGGAGUUCGCACAGUCACCCUGCGUUCCAUUCUAUUUGCGGACUGGCUUUCUGCACCGCACCUUCAGCACUUUGGUCUAGGAUUCAGGAGCACGCAUAAACAUGGCAUCAUUCUCAGGAGCAGGUCUCAGAGACCAUCCCGAAGUCACAUUUCCCUAUCCCAUGGUUACCUGCAACUUACCAUUGGUCAACACAACAUUACGUCAUCGCAAAGAUACGAUGACGGGAAAUGGCACUACUUGUGUGUGGCGCAGACGCCGAGUCUGGAAGUCCAAGUUGACAAUAUAAACGUCACCUUCCGUGAACCAAUUCAGGCGGAGCUGAGGCAUCCAGAAGUAUUUAAUGGCUGCAUUACUAACAUUUACUCCAGAUCAUUGCAAAGCUUUACACCCAUGGAUUUGAAUUCUCUGCUGCCAACGGGAGGUGUUAUUCUAUCUGGAUGCCACCUUGGCUCACCCACGCAAGCUGAACAUUUGCCUAAAGACGUGAGCAGACCGCUCCAGAUGCUCAAACUUACUGCGGACCAAACACAUGGUGAGUGCGGACAUCGACGAGCCCCCCGCCGCGGCUACGAGCUCUCACAGGAAGACAGUUGGCUGGCGUACAAGCUGCCCCAGCAGGACCUUAAUUACAGACCUCACUUCUCCCUUGACGUAAAGACCAAGUCCUCUAAUGGUGUCAUCCUUUUUGUGGAAGGCUCAGGAGUGGUGCCCCUGCUAGUUCUGUACAUGGCAAACGGCAGGAUUAAGAUGUCACUCGGAUCGACCAGAGCCAUCAACCAUAGACUGAAAACUAAUGACGGACACUGGCAUAGAGUAGAGUGCAGCGUGGAGAGCAACACGUUCCAUCUUCUGGUAGAUGGAAUACGUGUGACCGACGGCCAUUUGCCAAAUGACGAAGGCUCAUCAUUAAACUUCCAUGGUCUUGUCUACCUGGGGGGCCACACGGGGAAUUCUAAAAGCAUCACAGGCUGUGUGCGAGGCUUCAGAAUGAACAAUGAGCCAGUGGGAAACCCUGAGGGGGGGCAUAGGGUGUCACCCUGCUCGGACGGGCACACUGAAAGUGGGGUGUACUUUACUGGAGGUCACGUCGUCUUAGAUGAUCCCUUUGCAGUUGGCGAUCACUUCGUGUUGACCUUCGAGCUACGUCCCCGUCGCCUGUCUGGUCUUCUCUUCCACGCGCAGGCCCAAGGAACCAGCUUCGACGUGUUCUUAAUUAACAACACGGUGGGCGUCACUGUGAAUGAUAGGGGCCAAAGCGUCAGUGCUGUGCUGACUCCACAGAAUCUCUGCGAUGGUGAAUUUCAUGUGAUUAAAGUAUCCAAAGAACAAAAAUAUCUCACACUAAUGGUGGAUGCGCUGUCUCAAAGGAGGGCAAGAACCGUCGCAUCCAUUCCCUCCGCUAUGACGCGGACAUUACUUUACAUUGGAGGGGCAACGGAGUCAAGCAGGGCACCUGUGACAUCACCGUACAUAGGCUGCUUAAGAGACGUGAAUAUUAAUGGCGGGAACAUUGCAUUUGAGACACAGGCAGUAACAGUUAUCGGCGCGGUGGACGUCAACUCGUGUCCCGUACACUGAAAAAUGGAGUGCAAUCAGUAUGCAGGCAGAGGAGAAAAAAAUCCCACACAGAACACUUCAAAUUUUACGAAGUACACUUGCAAAAUAUGCAGUUUGUAAAACAACCAGCAAAAAAAAUUUAAAAAUAUUUUUUUGUGGUACCAUUGUUAUUGUAUAACUAGCUUUUUCACUGCCAUUGACGAUUAUAGCCGUCCGAUCAUUUGGCUCUUUUCAUCCUUCUGUUGUGAAAUGAAAUGAGUUUAUCAUUAGGAGAUGUCCAGUCCAUUUGAACUGGAAGGGUGGCAGUGAUUGCUCGAUCAGUCGCCGCCUAACCUCCCACGUCAAACGAAUUGGACGUCUAUUACCCAGGGGUGAAAGUGGUUAGAAUUUCUUGCUGGAACUCCCCGACAUGAUGGUCGCCAUGGAGCCAGAAAUUUUAUCAAACUAUUGAAAUGCAAAGACAACUGUUUUGGUCAGUUAUUUCUGUAACACAUACAAAAACUGAUUUUCAUUAAAAAUUGUAUUUUUUCAAUGAUUUGCAAAAUAAAACUAAAACAGCUACAACCCCAUCCUCCAUCUCCUAAUUUUUAUUUUCCCUCAUUUCCACACAUACUACAUGCCAAAUCUCAAUUUCAACUACUUAAGAACAUAGGAUGUAUAUUAAAGAUAAUGUAAACAUUUACUUUUUGUUGUGUGUUUUUUUUUUUUUUAACAUAAAGAUAUAAGUAACAUAUAGAUUCAGAAAAAUAACUACAAAUGACAUACUAUGCAGAGUGAAACGGAAUAUAUUUUAAAGAUCGCGCAAAUAUUGACUUUUUUAAAUCAUAAGGAAAUUAAUAAAAUGCGAACAUUUAUUGCACAUGCACGCCACGUAGCGAACGCCUCUCCCUUGCUGGUUUAAAACCGUAAGUACAACGGUAUCUGUGGAUUAAAAUAACUAUUUAAAUAUUAUUUAAUAAUUAUUAUUUAAUUUAAUUAUUAUUAUUUAUAUAAGUUAUUAAAAAGAAUUCAGAGACUUAUUGCACUUUAAAAGUGUUGAAAUUACAUAAAAUGCACAUAUUACUUGUAUUUUUAGUUUUAAACAUAUUGUAUGGCUCUCACAGAAUUACAUUUAAAUAUAUGUGGUGGUCAUGGCUCUCUCAGCCAAAAAGGUUCCCGACCCCUGGUAUGCAGGAACUGCGUUCCGGCCCUGAAUCUUAUACCGGAACUGUGUUCCUGACCGUUCUGGCCCACUUUCACCCCUGCUAUUACCGUCAAUGGCAGCAAAUGAGUUAAAUUUAAUCAUACGCAGAGUUUAGGGGGGGAACCAAGGGGCCCCCCCUUGGUGGCUGAAAAGUGUAAUUGCAUGUAAUUGACUUUCCUAUAUUUUGUUUAUAAAAUUAAGAGUUUUCCGGUAAAAUAUUGUCUAUCAAAUUUGGAAAGCAAUAAAACAAACAACAAAAAUGAAUGAAAUGAACAAAAAAGAUAUUUCUAUAAUGGGUCACAAUUAUUUUUCGAACAGAUCAUGUGAUCAGCACCUUAGACGGUCAUUUGCUUUGCUUCGCCAAAAACACCCGAGGACCAAAGAGGCAAGAUGGAUAUACGUAAUUUUUUCAAACCUAAGCUUUCAAAAGCGACAACAACUACUGCGCAAGAACCAAGGAUUGAAAAUGUGGACCAUGAAACGCCAGAGAGCACCGCCAAAAUAAAGAACGGAGUUUCAAUUUGCCCCACUAAAAGACACCAAUUGUACAACAGUGCCACCACCGGUGUCUUGCCAAUGUAGUUACCCCAGUCAAAAAUUGUAACACCUGGCUGCGGGAGUGCACACACACAGUUAUGUUGUGUAGUUAGUUAUGUCGACUUACACAAUUAAUUUGAAGCCAGAAAAGAACCACAGUUCUAUAUUUUGGACAUCGACGUUUAUUAAACUGGAGAAACUCCAUACAGGACUUGAAUUACAAUAAUAACAGUUAUAGGUCAUCCUAUCAGUAAAAUAGUAAAACAUUGGCAAUUUUUACGUUCACUACGUAUGUUCCGUUAUACGACUGAAAAAUGUUUUUUUUUUUUUUGCUGGAUGUUUUAAAACCUCGUAGAUAACUAAUUAACCAAAACACAGAAACCAAGCAAAUCAGUGCAGCGCAGUGACUUCGCCCAGGGGACACAAUUUUUGACCAGGGUAACUACAUUGGCACGACACCGGCGGGCAUACCAUAUUCAAUGGAUGACGAUCUCGGCAAAAAGUAUAGCUGUCCUAAGCAGCCUGAUUUAGAAUUCCCCUCAAGAAUUAUGCGGGGGGGGCUCAUUUUCAACUUAUUAUUAUAAAUAUUUUUGUAAGUUAAUUUUAUUGCUGACACUCCGUUUCAGGGUCAUCAACAUGUUGCCCCGCCCUGAAAGUGAAACUCCGCCAAUGAAUUUACUGCAUAUGAAAAAAAAAGAAAAACUGCAGAAAAUGAAAAAAAUCGCAAGGCAGCCAAUUAGCUCGCAGCACAGUCUUGACACAGAGCAGUAAAUGAAAGAAUUUUUUUCAGUUGCCACAAAUGGCUCAUUCCUUUACUUCCUUGGCAAACAGUAAGCUAUUAAACUUAAUGUUUGUUUUGGAAACAAAGACGAUUACUUUGAAGUGCUCCCUUGACUGAAAGUGGAUUAAUGAUGCCAUCUCGUAGUAAACAUAAAAGCAAAACUCUAGCGUUUUGAGUCUCAAAUGGAACCGAUUUUACCCAAGUUGCCUGUAUAUGACAUGGGUUUCCAUUAUGUCAAUGAAUUGUACAGCCUGAGUUUUAAAUGAGCUGUUGUCUGGAAUUAAAACUCUGACUGAACUCAUGCCCUUUAGAAGUUACUCUUCUUUUAAAUAAAAAAAGAGUGUCACAAAUGGCAAGCACACAUCACAAAUUUACAUUUUUCAGUCAAGCUCUUAUAUUAAGUGGUAUCAAUUUUUAAUGGUGUACCUAAUAGUUUUAGUACCUAAAAGUGACUAGUUUUUUUCAGUGCAUAAGACAUUACCUUGUCCCCACCGCCUUUUUUAAAGCAUAUAAAUACACCAUUUUAGUAGGUUAACUCUUUUACUGCCAGUGACGGUGAUAGAUGUCUAAUCGGUUUUAGUUUAGAGGAUGAAUUGGACUUCUACUGCCAUCAGUGGCAGUGAAGGAGUUAAGAAUAACAAUGAAAUUUGACGGCUCACCGUGUCUAUAUACUGUACUAACAGCAAUUUAAUUAAAUUUUGAAAUAUACAAUGGCCUGUAUCAGCGUACACACACACACGCACACACUCGAGGUAAAAGUCCACAAUGAUGAACAUUUGUUUAAAAAUCCCUCGAGAUACUGACAUUUAUACACACACUUCUAGAAUGUCAAAGCAAUUUAAGGCCACAGUUCAUGUUUGCGUAUUCCUUGUGGAGAAUUCUAGUAAAUGUCUGGCAGAUGAGGGUACUUCCUGUCCCAGUAUGCGCCAGUGAAGAUCCAAUCUUGAGCACCGGUGUGCGGGUUGGGGCCCUGCUGGAACCACCUGAUGACCAAGGCAGGCAGACGACCAUUAAGAACGAUACUGGGGUUUCUUUCUUUUGCAAAGAAAUAGCAUCCCACAUACAGUGGGGCAGAUAAGUAUUUAGUCAACCACUAACUGUGCAAGUUCUGC